CGCAUGCGCACUCUUGCAGAGGCUGGACGCCGUCUGCUUUGUUGGUGCCAUCGAUUCUUCGACUUUCGACGAGUCGACUGCGAAUUUGCAAGAUACAAACAACACCGAUUACAUUGUUUUCCGGUCUUUGGACGUUGUUCGCUCGUUUUAAGGCCACAGCGCGCGCUUGUCUCGCCUUAGACGACAGAAGCGAGGACCCGUCUUGUAUAUAAACAAAACGCAGCCAGCUUCCUUUAAGGUGGCACGCCGGAGAGCUGCAGCAACAACAACAACAACAACAAUCCGAUUCCCGUUUGUUUAGCUAUCGAACUCCGCGUCGUCCGCGAUGGGAAUCGCCGCAGAGCUUCGCUGGGAGUGACGCUCCGAAACGCGUGCGUGCGAACAUGAGAGAAGAGGCCGGUUUGUUGUCACGAAGGCAGCUCAUGGCAAGUGAACGAGGGGCCGGACAUCCCCGACGAAGCCGCUGCCGCCGCCGCUGCUGCUGCUGCUGCCCCACUCGCCCCGCGCAGGAGACCGCGACCCGGCAGGGUGAUCCGACCCGCCCGGUCACCCGCGCGGCCCUCGAGUAGCAACUCUGCGAUCCGCCUCCGACGCGCCAUGGAGACGGUGGGGAAGUUUGAGUUCAGUCGGAAGGACCUGAUCGGACAUGGCGCAUUUGCCGUCGUCUUCAAAGGCAGACACCGAGAGAAACACGACUGGGAGGUGGCGGUGAAGUGCAUCAACAAGAAGAACUUGGCCAAAUCCCAAACGCUGUUGGGGAAAGAGAUUAAAAUUCUCAAAGAGCUGAAGCAUGAGAACAUUGUUGCGUUACUGGACUUUCAGGAAACGGCCAGCUCUGUGUACCUGGUGAUGGAGUACUGCAACGGGGGGGACCUCGCUGACUACCUGCACACCAAGGGCACGCUGAGUGAAGACACCAUCCGGGUUUUCCUGCAGCAGAUCGCAGGGGCCAUGAGGGUCCUACAGGGCAAAGGCAUCAUCCACAGGGACCUCAAGCCCCAGAACAUUCUGCUGUCCUACCCGCCGGGACGCAGGUCACACUCCAACAACACCUGCAUCAAGAUCGCGGACUUCGGCUUUGCCAGGUACCUUCAGAGCAACAUGAUGGCGGCAACACUCUGCGGGUCCCCCAUGUACAUGGCACCUGAGGUCAUUAUGUCCCAAAGCUAUGAUGCCAAGGCUGACUUGUGGAGUAUCGGAACCAUAGUGUUUCAGUGCCUGAUUGGAAAGGCCCCUUUUCAGGCUAGCAGUCCACAGGACCUGCGUCUGUUCUAUGAAAAAAACAAGACUCUCAGCCCCAACAUCCCCAGAGAGACUUCUAGCCAUUUGAGGCAUCUGCUGUUGGGUCUGCUGCAGCGCAACCACAAGGACCGCAUGGACUUCGAUGAGUUUUUUUGUCAUCCUUUCCUGGAGGCUAGCUCAUCCCUGAAAAAGUCGACUCCCGCUGUGUCCAUGACCUGCAUCCCGAGCUCUGCCUCGGCCAGCUCCUGCAGCAGCUCCUCCACCUCUCACCUCGCCUCGCCACCGCAGUCUCUCGCCGAAGGUCAGCACUUGCGUGCCAAAGCUCUGGCCUCCCCUACCCAGGAGGCUGCCGGUUUCCUGCUCAAGGACUCCUCCGGUGGGGCUGGCAGCAGCAAGAACUCCUCCUCCUGUGACACAGAUGACUUUGUCAUGGUGCCGGCUCACUUCACCACGGGCGAGCUGACGUGUGAGAGUAAGGUGCUGCAGGACAGCCUGAUGAACAGCGGCUCUCUUCUGGCUUCUGCUGGUCUGUGUGGCCAAGUGAAAACCCCCCCACAAUCACCUCCCUGCAGCGGGUCUCCAAGUCCUGUCAGGCCCAGCGAGUUCUCGGGAAGUAGCUGCGGUGGUAGCUAUGGAAACCAUUGCCGGUCGUCGCCUAUCCCAGUACCCAGCCAGGUCCAGAACUACCAGCGCAUGGAGCAGAACAUGCACUGCACCAGGCUGGAUGGCUCCCCCCGGCCGUCCGCACCCGUGCGUCGCUGCAGCAGCGGGAGCUCGUUGGGCUUCGCUCGGGCCGGUCCUUCGCCCCCCUGCGGGCAGGGGGCAGCCCACGCCAAUCGCAGGCUCUCCCUCGGAGGCGCCCGACCUUUCCAGCCGUCCCCACAAGCUCCUCAACCUCACCCACAGCAGGCGCCCGGGCUCGGCGCGCGUCUCCACAGCGCCCCCUCCUUGUUGGAGUGCACCGGUGCCGCCGGCAAGCAGAAGAUCAGGAAGCAGCACUCGGACCCGGCGGUGGCCCCCUCGGCGGGUCUGAAGACCCUCCGCCCGCUGCACUCUUCCCCCAGACUGAGUGAGCUCAUGCAGCGCAGUCCCCUCCCCACAAUCCUCGGUUCCCCUUCCAGGGCCAUCCCUCCGUUUGAAUUCCCGAAGCCGCCCAGCUCUCCGAACCUCGUGACCUUCCUAACACAGCAGGGUUUGGUCAUCGGCUCGCCUUGCAGCAGGACUGCUCCGCCAGAGCCCAGAGACGUCGGACAGCGAGCGCUCACACAGGUCAUCCAGCCGGCCCACUGCAUCCACAGACGCAGCGAUGACGCCAAAGUCUUCGGGAGGUCUCAGAGUGCAGGUCGUCUGUCUGACAUGCUGCUGAUGGCUGCGUUCGGACCAGGCGGACCCGUCGGGGACCGAGACAGCGCAGAGAACUUGACCUCUGAGAAAACCAUAGACAUAAUGGUGCCGCCGGGCGGUGGGGGAAGUCCAGCGCCCGGCUCAAUCAGCCCCGCUCAGGUGGUUUUCACGGUGGGAUCUCCUCCCAGUGCCAGCAGCCCACCUCAUACCUCCAGACAAAGGAAAUACUCAGGCUCGUUCGCCUCGGUCAGCCCUGCAGGUUCCUUCACAAGCCGCUAUCCCCAGACGUGCACCUAUCUGGAUGGCUUUGAGGCUCCUUCCAGCCCCCGCUACGGUUUCACCGAUCCUAUCACGGCUAACAUGGGCGGUCGUGUUACCUUCGAGCCGCCCGAGCUGCCCGAGGAGACGCUGAUGGAGCAGGAGCAUACAGACAUUGUGCAAAGCCUGCGCUUCACGUUGGAUUUCGCCCGCUGUCUGAUGGAGGUCGCCGGAGCCUGUGGGGUCGCGGCGUUGCGGGAGCAGGAAGACGUCUCUCAUCCCUGCCUCCUGCAGCAGCAGAGCGUGGUAGCAGAUCAGAUAAGCUCACUGAGCCGAGAGUGGAGUCAUGCAGAACAGCUGGUCCUCUACCUUAAGACUGCAGAACUCUUGUCCACUGCCUUACACACAGCCAUGGAGCGAGUGAAACAGGGCAAACUCUACCCAUCCUCCACAGUCAAACAAAUCGUGAGGAGGCUGAACGAGCUGUACAAGUCCAGCGUGGCCUCCUGCCGCUCGCUCAGCACCCGUCUGGAGCGCUUCUUUUCCAGGAAGCACCGUUUAAUGGACCAAAUCACCUCCAUCACAGCUGAGCGGCUGCUGUUCAGCCACACUGUGCAGAUGGUGCAGACUGCUGCACUGGACGAGAUGUUCCACCAGGGCGAGGCGUCCGUCCUGCGCUACCACAAAGCUCUCCUGCUGAUGGAGGGCCUGUCUCUGCUGCUCACUGAACAGGACGACAUCCUCAGCGUUAGCAAAUGCAAGGAGUGCAUUGAACGCCGCCUCACAGCUCUGCAGUCGGGACUCUGCGUUUGACAGCGUGGCCACGAUGCCCGUCAUUUGCACCCUGCACAUUACCAAACAAACCAAAUCUCCACACACAGCUCAUGGUUUUCACUGACAAAUUCUUUUUUGUCCUAAAGAGAAACCACAAGGCUGGCUGGUUUUGACUCAACCGUUGGGGCCUGUGCCCUUUAAAUGGUUCACCAUUCCUCACAAGUUCUGGACGGUGACGGUGACUUUUCCGAGCACUAAACUCGUGCCGGUUUUGGACACGUAGCACCUAAGAAUGUCUCCAAUCUUGUCUAUGUGAGUAGAACUUUGCUCCGGCGUGUGUGUGUGGCCGAGAAGACGAUUCCUCUCAUCAGGCGCUACACCUGCAGGAUUGAUUAUUACCAAGUAGUCACAUACCUUCAUGCAAGACUUAACUAAACAUUAACAGAUGGCGUAAGAUGGGCACACACCCAUCCUGCAACUUUGCAGUGGGCAAAUGUAUUGACAAAAUGUGAUCUUUUACCAAGAUUAUAAGCUGGAGGGAUGGUACAGUAUCUGCAGUACACGUAUACUAUACAUAUAGAGAAAGGGCGUGUACUGAUGAAGGGCGGCAAUGUCCAAGUAUCAAUCUCAUCAAAUGUGUGUGUUAAACCCAUUGCUGUCCUGGGUUUCUUUAUUUCUGAUAUUUAUCUAAAUGUUAUUUGCUUGCUGGAGAGGAGUUUAGAUAGCAAUGCGACAGCUUGUUUGGAAGCACAUACUAGCACUAUUACAAAACUGUUGCCAAAAUGUGUUUUAUUUCAAAUAUCUGUGCGUAGCCGCGCCGGUUCGGUCGGAGUCACUUUACAGAUUCUAAAUUUAGGCUUAAUGUUAAAGACCACGUUCCAUUGUUAAAACCAUAGUGCAAGAGGGAUUUGGUGUUUUAAAUGCUGGCUGGUAUUAAAGCUGCAGACAGAACACAAUCACAAGCCCACUGUUAAAUAAAGCUUUUAAUCCAGCACUGGUCUUUUAGCCUCCCCGGGUGGAAACAUGCUAAAUGUGCUGCAAUAACCUGGGGUGCAUUCUUCAGUCAUACAGAAGCUCGGGUGCUGCAGUUGCUGGUUAUUGCCUUCACAUGAUUCCAUAUUCUGGCUGAUCAUAUGUUAUUAAUCAAUCAUAUUGGAGCUGAGCAAGUUCAAUCAAAUUUGAAUGUAGGGCUGACAGAAGAGGGACGACGUUAAUACCAGCCCAUUGUUGCUAAAGUCGAGGGUUCGUCCCAGGAUUGACGUCUGAACGUUUUUGCACUGUUGAAGUACUGUAGGAGGAGAUCUUGUGUGUUAAAUGUGUCCGUUUUUCUAUUUACCUAUAGACGUAUGUGCCCGCUUAGAGGUUUCAAUUCCACGCUCCAUAGUUGCUGUCAAAAGGCACUGUGUGUUAGAUGUGAGAAUGCUGACAAAGAGAUGGUAUAAGCUAUAAAACCUUAUAGAGAGAUUUCUUUUGAAGGAAAAUAAAAAAUUGCUUUACACUGAAAAAUGAUUUGCGUUGACUUUGCCGUGUUCGGUGUCAGAGUAGUUAAUGGGUUGCAAUUAUUUGUUUUGAAAAGUGACCGGUUGGAUUGCAGUGCAAGUUAAAAAUGUGUAUUUUACCUAAUAUAUUUCUGUAUUGUUUAUCUUAGCUGCAUACCUUUUUACUCCCCUGAAUUUUGGCCGGUUGGGAAGUGUAAACUUCUACUUUGAAGUUUAAAGGUUUGUAAGGAUGCAUGAAUGCAUGCAUGUGUGAUGUGGUUAUAUGUAUUAUUGGAUAAUGGGGGUUGUUAAAGGCUUUGCUCCGCAACUAGAUGUGAAUGAUUGGAUUUAGACUCCAUUUGAUUGUGCGUAUGAGGUUCAACACUAUCCACUGAAAAUCUGAUUUUCCAAAUGUGUAACUAGCUUUCUCGUCCCUGAGCUGUAUUUUCUUCUGCCUUUUUCAAAGUUAGCUAACGUGGAGGAUGUGUAAGCAUCUAACUGCAUAUUUUGCAAGACGUUGUUUGAUGUACGGUAAGGGCUGAAGAUAGUUUAAGAGGAUAUUUUUGAAGCCAGUAUAGUAGCACUGUCAGCUGAACAUUACAGGAAAUAGUGAUAUAAUUAUAUAUAUUUUAUUUUAUUUUACUUUUGUCUCUCCGAUAUUUCUUUCACGCAUUUUCUUUGGAAUAGCUCUACCAAAAGCAUUCUGCAUGUGUACAAUGUUUGUUGCAGUGUGCAUUCCUAAUAGCAACUCAUCCACUGCCUCUCUGUUUCUCCCAUGUGCUUUUCUGUCUCGUCAGUAAGUAGUUGCAAUGUCUCAGAACAUACAGAUAGAUGUUACCUUUUUAUAAAGCUGAUGCAUGUCUCACUUUUUAAUGUUCCACUCAAACUUUGCUGUUCGCUAUCUGAAUGCCAAGUAUGUGUGGACAAAGUCAAAAGAUAAUUUGUGCAAGUUUUUGCAAUGACAUUAUAAACCAGCAGGGUGGUGUAUUAAGUGCAGAGUCGUGCCCUUUUCCUAGCAUGUGUCCGCUCUGCUGAAGUGUCUUUGGGCAACAUGCUUUUUCCCAACGAGCGUUAGGGCUACUGUUCAAAGUAUCACGCUAAAAUACAAUGUAAUCGGUGAAGUCCAAUUAUACAUCUGUCAUUGUUUUGGAUUAUUAUUUUGUUUGUUUGCUUACUCAGUCUGGACCGACUGUAAAUAUUGUAAAGUUAUUGCUGUAGUUAACGUGAUGCCGCAGUAAUGGAGAGAAUGGCACCGUACCACCUAAACAUUUCCAAAGAAUAGGCCUUCUUCUGAUCUUCCAUAUUGUCUCUUACUGUUGCAAACACAUUUUAAUGUUGUCAUAUCUAUGACAGACACACUCUCUGUGUCCCUGUGUGCAAUGUAACCUUCACUGUUUGAGAGUCGCAACAUGAAUAAAGUGAAAGGAAGGUAA